AUGCUGGCUUCGAACAAUGGACUCUUGCCUGGACAUUACUCCAAUACUUCUCUUCCGGUUGAACAUUCAGCUUCUCCCAAUCUUGGACCUCUUGUGACCUCGGCCCCAACUCAAUACAUGCUACCACCAUUGUCACCAGAAUCGUACAGCAAGCUCGUAGCAGAGGGCAAUCCAGAUGUCAUGUUCGAAAACUACCUGAACUUCGACGGCUAUGAUCAGAUGGAUGCUACCACCACCGCCGCCCAGAAUUCCCAUGCUCAAUCCUCUCUUGGCCAAGCUUCUCCGAUGGAUAUGACCUCGCACUAUGGUCAGACGGAAAGAUUGUCUCCUGAGCCAGAAACCUCUCCAGCCGCUGCUCCAGCAUCUGUCCCAAGCUCGCCAGGACCAUCUGCCGCACCCGUCCCAGCUCAUCAGCACGCCGCCGUCGCCAAUCACGUCCAUGCCAAUGGUGGUGCCAAUGUCCAUACUGCUACCAAUGUCCCUGCUGCCAAUGUUGCCAAUCCUCAGGCCUCGACCAACACCGACUCGCUCUGGCCCACUAUCUGCUACUUCUGCAAGCCAGACGCUAAUGGCCAGCACGUUCUCUACUACAAUUGGAACGAGUGGUUGCUACAUGGUUGGACUGUUCAUCCCAACGUCGAACUAUGGACGGCACGUCCAUGCUUCUGGGAAGAAACCAAGAACGGCGUCGUUGAGAAAUGCAACAACGGUGUGACCUAUUUGACGGCGAGGCAGUGCAUUUACCAUAUCUUUGCUGUCCACAAGAAGAGUGUUCACUGUGAUCACGCCGAUUGUGAGUAUGGUCCUACUGGGAAAGCACUUGGUACUCGCCAAGACAAGGUUAGACACGUUCAAGACAUGCACGAGCCUGCGAAGACCUGUCAACUGCCGUUCUGUACUCACACCAAACGACGAUUAAACCGCACCGAUCACCGCAAAGGCCACAUGAGAAAGUACCAUGGACGCCACUGUUGCCCUGUCGCUACUUGCGAGCGCGCUCGCCUCGAAGGUGACUUUUAUGGUUUCAGUACGGAGGAAGAGUUGCAAGCACACAAACAGGCUCGCAGACACCGUCAUGCUCGCCGCCAGAAUUAG